AUGCCACACAGAAAGAAAAAAUGUCUCAAAAAGAAAAAGAAAAAAAUUACAUCUCCUUCCUUGCCUAAGAAGAAAUCGGAACCUUUAAAAGACAUUGCAGGUGUGUCUGGUAUUGGAAUCAAUAGACAUCCUUCCAUCAUCUUUAAAAGACGUAGAGCAUUUGACAAAUGCGGAGUCAAAAGACUUCUUUCACCAUUUAAUAGAUUCGAAAAUAAUGAACAUCGUAUAGCUGAUAUUAAAAAACGCAAAAUGCCUUUACAAAAAACUAACCAUUCACCAGGCUUAUCUCCCAAAGAAAAGAGUUAUAUAAUUUGCAGCUGUCAAACGAGAUCCUCACGAUAUGUUAAACUAAAAUGUCUUGCCUCAACUGCCAUCAAAGAAAAUAAAAUAUUCUCUAUAUAUGGAAGUUGCAACGCUGUACGCAAGGCUUUAGUAGAACGAGGAUGGGUAGAAAAAAUUCCACCCGAUCGUAUGAAUUUAAGUAAAGUACGUAAUGGCACGUUUACGAAUAAAUCCGAUUUGCAUGGCGAGUUGGAGAGACUUCUUCUAUCAAAUUUAGUUGACAAGUACAAUCCAAAUUUUAUCUGGCGAGUGAAAGACGAGCAUUAUGAACCACCGUUAAUCGAUAUGACGAAGGAGUGCAGUACAGUGGUCAAUAAAUUGCGAACUGACGCCUUGUGGACGACAAAACAAGGAUUGUGUUCAUCGAUGAAGCGAAAUUAUUGGUUUUAUAUUGAAGACGUAGCAGAAGUAAACGGUCCGCGAUCAUACAACAGUUACGAUUUUUGUGAAAUAGAAGAGUUUAUAAAAGAUUAUAAAAUCACCGCAUUCGUUGUAGAUUAUGCUGCCGAUAAUAAAUCUUCGACAGGGAAAUUUGAAUGUAUUUACCGGCAACCUAUUACAACACCAAGAUACGGAACUGCAGCAGAGCUCUUCCUCCGUGGUUAUACACUACCAUUAGAUUAUUUCUAUAAAGGAAAAAUAGAAAUCAAAGAAUCCUAUGAAGAUCCUGAUAUCGGAAAAGAAUACGAUAUAAAAAAUGUACUGAGUAAACUUAAACAGUUUUAUGAUACAGAUAUAAUGAUAACUCCAGAGGAUGAGACAGAAGAAGACAGAGCUUCAUUUGAGUGUGAAAAUCUGGAAACUGUAUCUUGUUCCCAUAAUACAGAAUCGGAAAAUGAAUUAGAUGUUGCAGCCACAGUAAUAACGGAACAAUUGGAUGAAAUCAUUGACAAAGUGUCUUCAGGAAAUGAGUUAACCAUAGAACGUGCUAUCCUUUCAGAUGAUAUAUCAUCCUAUUCUAAAUCGAAUAACAAUCUAGCUAUACUUGAUAAGAUCAAAAGUGUUACAGAUAUUAAAGCAUUUUUAAAAUCAAAAUGUAAUUGUAUAGAUUCUAGAGUAAUAAUGAAUGCAAAAUCAGUAUUUAAUUUCAAUAAAUUGGAUGAUAGAUCAAAAAGAAAAAAUAGUCUUAGUGGCGUACACGAAACCGUCAAGGAAAUAGUAUUACCUAAAGAUGUUUAUGACUGUAAAAGUAAAACGACCAAAAACGAGAUUAUCAGAGCUUCUUCAAAAAUACUUACGUUUAUUAAGCAAAAAGAAAAAGAGUAUUUAGAAAGUAUUAAAAUUUAA